AUGAUUGACCCUAGAAUCGAAAUAGCCUUGUUGAAUGAAGGCAUUAGACAAAACAGCACCAUUGAGUUGAUUGCCAGCGAGAACUAUACUAGUCAAGCAGUAAUGGCUUUAUGUGGCAGUAUACUGACCAAUAAGUACGCCGAAGGCUUGCCUGGUAAGCGUUAUUACAAUGGCUGUGUCAAAGUGGACGAGAUUGAAAACAUUGCUCUUGAAUAUGCUACUUGGCUAUUUGAUUAUGCCUAUGCCAAUGUUCAACCACAUUCAGGCGCCAAUGCUAAUUUAGCAGUGUUCACAGCAUUCUUUAAUCCUACAAACACUGUGGUCGGUAUGGAUUUGGCUUCAGGUGGACACUUAAGUCACGGCGCUAAAGUCAACGUCAGUGGCAGUUGGUUUAUCUCGCAGAACUAUGGCGUUAACGAGCAGGGACUAAUUGACUACGAUGCUGUGGCACAAUUGGUUUUGGACACUAGACCUAAACUAGUUAUUGCCGGUGCUAGUGCUAACAGUCAAAUCAUCGAUUGGGAUAAAUUUCGAGAAAUUGCUGACUCAGUAGGUGCGUUAUUGCUGGCAGACGUUGCCCAUUAUUCCAGACAAAAGUUAGGUGGUGAGUACCCUAGUCCAUUCCCAUAUGCCAAUGUGGUUACCACUACAACACAUAAGGGACUGCGUGGACCCCGAGGUGGAUUGAUACUCUGGAACGAUCAAGAGUUUUCUAAACAACUCAACUCAUCAGUGUUUCCAGGUACACAGGGUGGUCCACUUAUGCACAUAAUUGCGGGCAAGGCACAGUGUUUCUAUGAAGCCCUACAGCCCGAAUUCAAAGACUAUGCCAAACAAAUUCGUGUCAAUGCGGAUACAAUGGCAAAAGUAUUCAUUGAUGCUGGCGUCUAUAUCGUAAGCGGUGGUACCAAGUGCCAUAUGUUCACAGUCGACGUACGCAAGGAAUCGAUGAGCGGGCGUGAGUAUGCAGAUAGGCUAGAAGCACAAGGUAUCACUGUGAAUAAGAACGGUGUGCCUGGAGAGACUCGUAGCUUUGCAGAAACUUCUGGUUUACGAAUCGGCGUAGCUGCCGAAACUACCCGUGGACAUGAUGCCGCUUGGUUUGAAGAAUUAGCUACGAGAAUGGUACAGAUAUUAAAAGUGUAA